AUGACAUCUAAAUAUAAAGAAUAUAAUACAGCUUUAUUGUUUGUCAGGUUCAACUCCAGCCAUGGUUUCCCAAUGGAGGUUGAUUCAGACACCAGCAUCUUCCAGCUCAAGGAGGCGGUUGCUAAGCGACAGGGAGUUCCAGCUGACCAGUUACGUGUGAUUUUUGCAGGGAAGGAGCUCAGCAAUGACUUGACACUAAAGAAUUGUGAUCUACCCCAGCAAAGUAUUGUUCAUAUUGUUCAGAAUCGACAAAAGAGUGAAAAUGAAAAUUGUGGUGUCCUACCAAGCAAUGGAGGGGAACCCAAAAGCCUAACUCGUGUGGAUCUCAAUACCAACCUUUUGCCUUCUGAUUCAUCUGGGCUUGCUGUGAUUUUGGACAACAAAGUUCCUACUCCAUCUGAUAAUUCAGAUGCUAAGUACAGCAGUUUUUAUAUUUUCUGCAAAAGCUCCUGCCAAGCCGUUAAACCUGGAAAACUCCGGGUUCGUUGCAAAACAUGCAAACAUGGGACCCUGACUUUGGCACGGGAUCCGUCUUGCUGGGAGGAUGUUUUGAUUCCAAACCGCAUCAGUGGUAUUUGUCAUUUCCAAAACUGCAGUGGAGAAAUAGCGGAAUUCUACUUUAAAUGUGGAGCACACCCAACCUCUGACAGUGAGACAUCUGUGCCACUGAACCUCAUUACAACAAAUAGUCGGUACAUCUCGUGUAUAACCUGUACAGAUGUUAGGACUCCUGUGUUAGUCUUCCCAUGCAUUCAUCACCAUGUCAUUUGCCUGGGCUGUUUUCAUCUCUACUGUGUGACCAUGUUGAACAAUCGCCAGUUUGUCCACGAUCCUGUCUUUGGGUACUCGCUGCCAUGUGUGGGGUUUAUAGCUCUGCUGUACCUGUUGUGUCUCAUCUUCAUUGAGAGAGCCAUCAUGAUGUGGUGGCUAAGGUGCUAAACUAGGACCAGG